CAUUCACUGUGAAGCGAAAUGGCACUGCAGCUAGACCCGGAGAGCCUGGGCUGUUCGGUGUGUCUGGACCUGCUGAAGGAUCCUGUCACUCUCCCCUGUGGGCACACCUACUGCAUGAGCUGUGUGGGACGCCGCUGGGACAAGGAGGACCCACACCACAAGUACAGCUGCCCUCUGUGCAAACAGAUGUUCACACCAAGGCCUGCUGUGGUGACAAACGUCAUGUUGGCUGAUUUAGUGGAAGAGCUGAAGAAGAAGAAGAAACUUCAGGAAGCUCCAGCUGACUCGGUCAAACCGGGAGAGGUCGUCUGUGAUGUCUGCGUGGCGAGGGCGAGGAAAGCCUUCAAGUCAUGUCUGGUGUGUCGAGUUUCUUACUGUGAGCUCCACCUCCAGCCUCACUUUCAAUCCCCUGCUUUUGAAAAACACAAACUGGUUGAACCCUCCAGAAACCUGCAGGAGAGGUUCUGCUCUCGUCAUGAUGAGGUGAUGAAGAUCUUCUGCUGCACCGAUCAGCAGGUGAUUUGUUUUUUCUGCUCUUUGGACGAACACAAAGACCACAACACGGUCUCAGCUGCAGCACAUCGGAAAGACAAGUCCAAGGAGCUCGAGCUGAACCUUCAAAAUAUCCGACAAAGAAUCCAGGGCAGAGAGAAAGAUGUGAAGCUGCUCCAACAGGAAGAAGAGGCCAUCAGUCACUCUGCAGAUCGAGCAGUGAGGGACAGUGAGGAGAGUUUCUCUGGGUUUGUCCGUCUCAUUGAGAGAAGAAUAUCUGAGGUGAAAGAGCGAAUCAGAUCUCAGCAGGAAGAGGAAAUCAGUCGAGUCAAAGAGCUGGAGGAGAAGUUGCAGUUAGAGCUCUCUGAACUGAAGCUGAAGGACGCUGAGCUCCAGCAGCUCUUAGACUCUGAUGACCACAUCCAACUUCUUCUUGAUUCCUCUUCGCUGUCGCUCGUCACUGAAUCUACAUCGGUGCUCAGCGUGUGUGUUAAACCUCUACGACACUUUGAAGAUCUGACAGCAGCUGUUUCAAACACCCGGGAUAAACUACAGAACGUUCUCCAUGAGGAGUGGCCGACCGUCUUACGGAAAGUGAUUGAGGUGGAUGUUUUACUGCCGCGACCAGAACCCAGAAGCAGAGAGGGGUUCUUCCAGUACUCCCGUCAGAUCACUCUGGAUCCAAACACAGUCAACACAUGGCUGCAGUUAUCUGACGGGAACCGAAGAGCAACAGUAACGAAAGGAAAGCAGACAUAUUCCAGUCACCCAGAGAGAUUCACAGACUGGCUGCAGGUCCUCAGCAGAGAGGGUCUGACUGGGCGUUGUUACUGGGAGGUGGAGAGGAGCAGUGGAGUGUCGGUGGCUGUAGCAUAUAAGGACAGCAGCAGAUCAGGACAGGACAGUGGGUUUGGAAACAACGACAGGUCUUGGUCUCUGGGAUGCUUUGACUUAUCUUUUCAUUUCAGACAUAAAAAUGUGAAAACGUUACUCUCAGGUCCGGCGUCCUGCAGGAUAGGGGUGUACUUGGAUCACACGGCAGGAACCUUGUCUUUUUACAGCGUCUCUGACACCAUGACCCUGCUUCACAGAGUCCAGACCACGUUCACUCAGCCACUCCAUGCUGGACUUUCAGUCUACUGGGUCGGAGACACUGCUGAGCUGUGUGAGCUGAAGUAG